CUGGCGCAUCUCCUGCCCGCCCCGGCGAUGUACAGCCUGCUGGAGAACGAGCUCAAGCCGCCCCAAGCGAACCCCGGCGGAGCCGCCGCCGGGAACGGGGGUCCCGGGAGCGCCAGCAAAGGCGGAGCAGGAGGAGGAGGAGGAAGCGGCGGCGUGGGCAGCGCGGCCGGCCCCGACCAGGACCGUGUCAAGCGGCCCAUGAACGCCUUCAUGGUGUGGUCGCGGGGCCAGCGGCGCAAGAUGGCCCAGGAGAACCCCAAGAUGCACAACUCGGAGAUCUCCAAGCGGCUGGGCGCCGACUGGAAGCUGCUGAGCGACGCCGAGAAGCGGCCCUUCAUCGACGAGGCCAAGCGGCUGCGCGCCGUCCACAUGAAGGAAUACCCGGAUUACAAGUACCGGCCCCGUCGCAAGACCAAGACGCUGCUGAAGAAGGACAAAUACGCGCUGCCGGGCAACCUGCUGGCCCCCGGCGGCGGCCCCGGCGGCGGCGGCGGCGGGGCAGGCGGCGGUGGCGGUGGGGUGAGCAGCCCGGUGGGCGUCGGGCAGCGCCUGGACUCGUACGCGCACGUGAACGGCUGGCCCAACGGUGCCUACGCAGCCGCCUCGCUGAUGCCCGACCAACUGGGCUACGGGCAGCACCCGGCCAUGGGCAACGCGCAGCUGCAGUCCCUGCACCGCUACGACGUGAGCGGCCUCCAGUACAGCCCCAUCAUGUCCGGGGCACAGCCCUACAUGAGCGCCGCCGCCUCCACCUACAGCAUGGCCGCCGCCGCCGCCGCCUACGGCCAGCAGCCGUCGAGCCACGCCAUGAGCCUGGGGACUAUGAGCUCGGUGGUCAAGGCCGAGCCCAGCUCGCCGCCGCCGGCCAUCGCCUCGCACUCACAACGGGCCUGCCUGGGGGACCUGCGCGACAUGAUCAGCAUGUACCUGCCGCCCGGCGGCGACGCGGCCGACCCGUCAAACCUGCAGGGCGGCCGCCUGCACGGCGUCCACCAGCACUAUCAGAGCGCCGCCGGGGCGGCCGUCAACGGCACCGUCCCACUGACUCAUAUCUAG